GAGUUGUAGUCCGCGCGCAGCCUUGCAACGUUUCCGGAAGUGAAGGGCGUGAGAUCUCAAGCGGAUCUGGCUCCCGGUAGCGGGACGCAGCUCCCGGGCUGGCCAUGAACGGGCCAGCGGACGGUGAAGUGGACUACAAAAAGAAAUACCGUAAUUUGAAGCGGAAGCUCAAGUUUCUCAUCUACGAACACGAGUGCUUCCAGGAGGAGCUGAGAAAGGCUCAAAGGAAAUUACUGAAGGUGUCCCGAGACAAGAGUUUUCUCCUAGACCGACUUCUGCAGUAUGAGAACGUGGAUGAAGACUCGUCUGGUGAGCAAGACUCGGAUGCCACAGCAUCUUCAGAUAAUAGUGAGACAGAGGGGACACCCAAGUUGUCGGACACACCAGCCCCAAAGAGGAAGAGAAGCCCUCCAUUGGGGGGCACCCCCUCCCCCUCCAGCCUCUCCCUGCCUCCUUCGACAGGGUUUCCCCUCCAGGCUUCUGGGACGCCCUCACCAUACCUGAGCUCGCAGCUGGCUUCCCCCCCUUACCCCCCAUUCCCUUCUGACUACCUGGCCCUGCAGCUGCCCGAGCCCAGCCCCCUGAGGCCCAAGCGGGAGAAACGGCCCCGCCUGCCCCGGAAACUCAAGGCAGGCGCUUAUGCCGCUGAGCUAAAUCCCCAGCCCCAAAGCUCACAUUUUCUUACAAGCUGGGUAGAAGAUAGUCAAGAUGGCGGUGGGACCCCCCGACUGCCCUGUGGGCGGGCCACUGACCUUCCCUGCCAGGGGCCCUGGGACUGGGGUCGGGACGGCCCUGACCCCCCUCCCCCCUCCCAAGAUGCCCCCCCACACGAUCCUGAGCACCGUCCCUCGGCAGAUGUUCAGCGAUGCAGGCAGCGGGGAUGACGCCCUGGAUGGGGACGAUGACCUGGUGAUCGACAUCCCAGAGUGACACCCACUGUCAUCAGCCAAGCCUGCCCCACACUCACUCCCUGUGCCAGCACAAGUCCAGCUUCCUCAGAGAUGUUUAUUGAUGCCCAGUUGCCAUGCUUGGCCACUGACACAAUCCGAAAAGGCGUAAACAUGCACAGAUGUCCCCCAGGAGGGUGGCAGGGGCCCUGUUGUCACACUCCGGCCCCAUCCAGAGGACAGUUAUUUAAAUGAGUGGCCUGGAAUAUCUGCCACCUCUGGGGCGACACCCUGAGGUGGCCACCCCUUUAGAAGGGCAGCUGUACAGGGCUAAGACUUUUUAAAUGAAAAUCUUGUAUUGAAGGAGUGACUUGUCUGUCUUUUGGAAACAUUCUCCUUCAAACCUCUCCUAAUCCGACCUCCUCCCUAUUGGUGAGGCCGGGGCAGCUUAGAGAGGUGCAGAGAGGGCCACAGAGGGACCUGGGGACAGCACUCCCCUUGGGUGUGCAGAGGACAAUUUGCAUAUUUGCAGGUAACAGCGAGUCAGGCAAGAGGAAUUUGCAUAUGUGAGUGUAGAUCUCUACAUCCCUCACAAGAAGACAUACCCACAGUCACAGAGACUCUCACAAAAAUAAGACAGAUAGUGCGGGGCAGGGGCCUCCCACCCCGUGUAAACGUGCAACACACUCGUGCGAAGGUUGGGUACUGGGAGCCCGUGCAGGCAACUGCUGGCCACUCAGGCCAAGGAUAGUGCCCCAGCUGCGGCGGGCAGCUCGCUGGUCAGGGUGUGCCAGCGUUCGAGGGCUGUAUCUGGCUGCUGCAGACAGUCGCUCCAGUGCUUCCGUGCCUCUCCUCGGGCACUGGGCCCCAGGGACACUCCACCUGGCAAGCAGCCACAGGGCACAAAUCAGAGCCCAGCUUCUUUCUGGCCAACCUUCCCUCAGUACCACCCUAGGGACCCCACUCCUCACCUAUAAAGUCAUUGGAUUUGCCAAUGUCAUAGUCCCAAACAGUGACUUCCAGAGUCUUGGUGGCCAGAGUGGAGAGCUCCAUCUCAUAGAAAAAUUCCUGAGGAGAGGAGUCACACCUAUCCUAAGGCCGUUUCUAACCCACCCCUAUCCCUAAUUCAUGAUGUCUGUUCUCUGCUGUAUUUACCUCAUUAAAUUCUGGAUUUAGAGUUUUCUUCUUCA